AUGAGUGAAAUCACUCAAACGCUGAUAGGCUUCGCACCCUCCCCAAAGGUUCUCAUCUUAGCUCUAGGCGCCGCUGUAGCUCUUGUUCUGGUCUACCAGUACCUGUUUACGCUGCGAUACCCCAAGAAUUUGCUCCGCUUGGGCGAGCGUGAAGGGGUAUCAUGGAAGGAGAUGAGGAAAAGAUUCCACGACGACAGUCUGACUGUUUUCAAUGAGAUCUAUGAAAACUAUUCGAAAAAAGGUCAGACCGUGCUCAUACCAGUCUUUGGACCCAACGAUGAGGUCAUCUUGCCGCCGUCUGCGUUGUCAUGGCUUGUGAGGCAGCCUGACAGUGUUGUCAGCUCGCUUGAUGCCCAGAUUGAUGGAAUCCAACUUCAGCAUACCCUUGGCGGCAAGUAUGCGUAUGACCCAUGGGGAGGUUGGCUGAUCAAGAAUGACCUGACCGGUGCACUGGAGAACAUAGCUGAUAUCAUGAGCGACGAGCUCAGUGCUUCAUUCGAUGCUAACUUCGGCAAUGAUGUCGAAAACUGGAAGGAAAUGGACCUGUUUCCAGCUUGUCGUAUGCUGGCUGGCCAACUCACCCAAAAGUUCACGCUUGGUGACUCCCCAGAAGGACGCCGUCUUUGCCGGGAUCCGACGUUUGUUGAAACCUGUUAUGGCGUCCUCGAUGGCAUGCUGGAUGCAGCUGGGUACCAGGCCUCCGUUCGCAAGCCCUUCAAGCCUUUUACUGGCGUCUGGGCAAGCCGACAUAUGGGUCCAAAGCUCAAAGCACUGGAACAACGUUUUGAGCCCCUUUUCCAGGAACGACUUCGGAUCUUGAAGCAACACGCGGAGAACCAGGAUGUUGAGAAACCUCGGGACCUUCUUCAGAUGUUGUUCGAUUACGCCGCCAAAGAACGCCCUCAUGAAGCCAUCAGCCUGAAGGACAUGACGAGGCGCCUCGCCGUGAUGAACUUUGGUACCAUGCACCAGACGAUCUUGACACUCCACAACCUACUCCUGGACGUUCUCGAUUCCGAUUCGGAGUACAAGACUAUUUCGGUCAUUCGUGAUGAGGUCGACCGUGUGAUGGGCGCCGGCGGCGAUUUCAGCACGAAGCAGUGGACGAAGGCCAACAUGGCGACCAUGACUCGAACAGACAGUAUAUCGCGCGAAACGCUACGUCUACACACAUUCCUAGGCCGGGCCGUCCAGCGACUGGUGAUUGCCAAGAACGGAUUGGUGACGGAAGACGGGAUUCAUCUCCCGCAGGGUGCCAUGGUUUCCAUUUUGGCCUAUCAGUCGCAGACCGACAGCGACUCUUUCAAGGAGCCCUUCAAGUACGACCCGUUCAGAUUUUCUCGUCCGCGCGAAGAGGCUGCCGAUGCAUCAACAGGAAAAGUGGGACUCAACAAUCUCAGCUUUGUGUCAUCGUCAGUCGAGUACCUCCCUUGGAACCAUGGCAAGCAUGCGUGCCCUGGCCGUUUCUUGGUGGAUUUUGAGUUCAAGAUGAUCCUGGGAUAUGCCCUAACGCAUUACGAUAUCGAAUUUCCGGAGAGCUACAAUGGUAAAAGACCACCGAACACUUGGUUUGUUGGAUUUGGUAUACCGCCUCUGGACGUCAAGGUCAAAGUGAAGAGGAGAAAGUGAGCACAUCAGACAUGGGGAAACCACUACCCCUUGGAAGACACCGCGCCGGGAGAUUACCUCCAAGGACCCCUCACGUGGCAAAGUUCUAAUGUCACUGCACAUACUGCGCGACGAUGGUGUCUUGCGCGGCUUAACGCAAAAUCGGCUUUUAGGUACAAUAGCAUCUGGACUGGCCUAUGUGCCGCUAUAUCCAUCAAAGAAUGACACACG